UUAGCAUGUUUUAGUUACUGUCUCAUGCUACUUAUAUUUUUAAUCCAGCAUACAAGACAGUGUCUGGUGUAAAUGGACCACUGGUUAUCUUAGAUGAUGUCAAGUUCCCCAAGUUUGCCGAGAUUGUCAACUUGACCCUGGCUGAUGGCAGCACUCGCAGUGGGCAGGUCCUGGAAGUCAGCGGUUCCAAGGCUGUGGUUCAGGUGUUUGAGGGUACUUCUGGAAUUGAUGCAAAACACACCACAUGUGAAUUUACUGGAGACAUUUUAAGAAUGCCUGUAUCAGAGGACAUGUUGGGUCGUGUCUUUAAUGGUUCUGGUAAACCAAUAGACAAAGGGCCUCCUGUGUUAGCAGAAGACUUCUUAGAUAUACAAGGUCAGCCCAUCAACCCCUGGUCACGUAUCUAUCCCGAGGAGAUGAUCCAGACUGGUAUCUCAGCCAUUGACUGCAUGAACAGCAUUGCUCGUGGGCAGAAAAUUCCUAUCUUCUCAGCUGCUGGGUUGCCACAUAAUGAGGUAUAA